AUGGUCCGUUUAUCUGUCUCCACGGCAGUAUCACAAGUGCGUCCUAUCUGCCUCGGUCCACAGGGGCAAACUGUUAAAAGAUAUCUAGCAAAUAAAAGUAUUAAAACUUUUAAAUGGCCUCAGUAUAGCCCAGACCUUAAUCCUAUUGAGAAUCUUUGGUCUGAGGUUGAAGCAAAGCUCCGAAAAUGUCACCCAAGACCUGGCAACCUUAAUGAGCUUGAGAGGAUGGUUAAAGAAGAAUGUGAGGCAUUAGCUCCGAGUUAUUAUAGACGUCUUGUUGAAAGUGAGGUAGACCGUGUUCAAGCGGUAUAUGAUAAUGAUGGUGGUCAUUCGUAUUAUUAA